AUGGCCAACCAAAGAAGACCAUCAAAUGUUUCGAAAGUGCACCCUAGCUCCUCUGAAGAGGAGGGCGUAGCGGUUACGCAGCUGCAAGGAAUUAAUCUACAGCAGCUGAAACAAGACAAAGCAUAUAAAAAAGACCAGCCAGCCCUGCUAGAACAGCCAGCCCUGCCAGAACAGACAGCAAUGCCAGAACCGCCAGCCCUGCCAGAACAGCCUGUCAUGCCAGAACCACAAGCCCUGCCAGAAAAUCCAGUCCUGCACGAACAGCAAGCCCGGCCAGAACAGACAGCCCUGUCAGAACAUCCAGCCUUGCCAGAACAGCCAGCCCUGCCAGAAAAGACAGCAAUGCCAGAACCGCCAGCCCUGCCAGAACAGCCUGCCAUGCCAGAACAGCCAGCCCUGCCAGAACAGCCUGCCAUGCCCGAACAGCCAGCCCUGCCAGAAAAGCCAGUCCUGCCAGAACAGCGAGCCCGGCCAGAACAGCCAGCCCUGCCAGAACAAACAGCAAUGCCAGAACCGCCAGCCCUGCCAGAACAGCCUGCCAUGCCAGAACAGCCAGCCCUGCCAGAACAGCCUGCCAUGCCAGAACCGCCAGCCCUACCAGAAAAGUCAGCCCUGCCAGAACAGCCAGCCAUUCCAGAACCACCAGCCCUGCUUGAAAAGCCAGACCUGCUUGAAAAGCCAGCGCUGCCAGAACAGCCAGCCCUGCCAGAAAAGCCAGCAUUGCCAGAACAGCCAGCCCUGCCAGAAAAGUCAACCCUGCCAGAAAAGCCAGACUAUCCAGACAAGCUAAAAAUCACCACCAGCAAACCAGCCUCAGGAAACCUUGCUUUGUUCAUAAUCAAUCAAAUUACGUUGCUAGUCACCGUCUACUUCAGCAAAACAUAUUUCACAGCACCGAGCUUCACCUAUUCUGGCCAUAACAAGUAUGAGCGUCAACUCCUUACUUUGAGCAUGUUGACUGGGCCCCAGCUGGUGGUCAACGCGCCUCCGCGCCGCUGCCACACCGCGGGCCGGACGGUCACACCGAACCAUCCUGCUACUGUCGUGUCCGGCUCGCAAGUCCCGUACCUAACACUCGCGCGCCACCGCUGA